AACAGUGACCACUGUGACGGCUGUGACGGCGGCGGUCAGGCGCUGCUUCGGCUGCUCGAGGACCCUCGGUAACGGCUCAAGACGUCAUCCCACGGCGCGGGCGCUCGGACGCUGAAAGUGGCGAGAGCGGCGCCCAGGGACACCCCGGCCGAGCGACAUGGCUGCGAGGAAUCCACCGCAGUCAACCUCCGACCGCAAUGUGACGGAGGCACCCCCGGCCGCCGCGGCCGCCGCCACCACCACCGCUAACGUGGAAAGCCGGGGUGGCGGUGGCGGCGAUUUCGACCCCUUCGCCCUGCGGGAUCUCAAGCACCCCACCAAUGAGGUGGACUCCCUGGUGCACCUCAUGAAGGGCAGCAUGGGCUCCGGCAUCCUCGGCAUGCCGAAGGCGGUCAAGAACGGCGGCCUGUGGUUCUCCCUCGCCGUCACGCCCGUCAUCGGCUUCAUCUGCACGUACUGCGUGCACAUGCUGGUCGUCUCCGCCCACGAGCUGUACCACCGGGAGAGGGUGCCGCAGCUGGACUUCUCCGAGGUGGCGGAGCUGGGCUUCAAGACGGGGCCCAAGCGGACGCGGUUCCUCUCCAAGAUAGCCAAGCACAGCGUCAACUGGCUCAUGUCCAUCAAUCUGCUGGGCACCUGCUGCAUCUACCUGGUCUUCAUCGCGUCCAACAUGAAGCAGGUGAUGGAGCACCACGGCUACAGCGAGUACGACGUGCGGCUGUACAUCGUGUGCCUGCUGCCCUUCGUGCUGCUGUUCAUCGUGGUGCGCGACCUCAAGUACCUGUCGCCCACGUCCAUGCUGGCCAACGCGCUCAUCAUCGUGGGCAUGAUCAUCUGCUUCUACUACAUGCUACGCGACGUGCCCAGCCCCUCCCAGCGCCUCGCCGUGGGCCACUACUACACCGUGCCGCUCUACUUCUCCACCGUCAUCUUCGCCCUGGAGGGCAUCGGCGUGGUGAUGCCCCUCGAGAACAACAUGCGCGACCCGAGGCGCUUCCCCGGCUGCCCCGGCGUGCUGGGCUUCGGCUUCACCGUCACCACGGUGCUGUACACCACGGUGGGCUUCUUCGGCUACCUCAAGUACGGCGAGGACACCGACGACGCCAUCACGCUCAACCUGCCCGUGGAGGAGGGGCUGGCCCAGUCCGUGAAGAUCAUGAUGUCCAUUGCCAUCUUCUUCACUUACUUCCUGCAGUUCUACGUGCCAUUCGAGAUCAUCAUGAAGGCCAUCGAGAGGCGCUGGGGGGAGCAGAGCGCGCGCAGCGAGACCAUCUACAGGAUCCUGCUGGGCAUCAUGACAGUGUGCAUCGCCGUGGCCGUGCCUCGGCUCGACGUGUUCAUGUCGCUGAUCGGCGCGCUGUGCCUGGCCUCGCUGGGCCUCAUCAUGCCGCCCGCCAUCGAGAUGGUGGUGUUCUGGGACAAGGAGGGCGGCCGGGGCCGCGGCAACUGGAAGGUGUACAAGAACAUCGCCAUCAUCUCGUUCGGCAUCUGCGCGCUCAUCCUGGGCACCGCCACCAGCCUCAUCAACUUGGUCGAGUUCUACGUCAACCCCAACGACCCAGGCUUCUAAGGAACAUUCGGGUUUCGUUUCGCAUUACGUUUAAUACACAAAUUGCAUGGCAGUGGUGGUGUUUGUAUUUAUCAAUAAAUAACAUGAGUAACAGCCCAA